AUGCUUGUUAUCCCAUUUCAGGUAAUUCGACAAGAGCCUCGCAAUGCAGCAUCUUAUCGUCAGGUUUCUGAUAUUUACCAGGAGCUAGGAGAUCCACAGAAAAGUCUACAGUAUGGACUUCUUGCAGCACAUUUGGAUAGUCGCACACCUGCUGAAGAUUGGGCUCAUUGGGGAGAUGAGUCCAAAAAACUUGAACUCAUUGAGGAAGCAGCGGCUUGUUAUGGAAGAGCUAUUCGACUAAAUAUCACAAACUGGAAGUAUUAUGAAAACCGUAUUGAAAUGCUUGAUUUACUAGGGCUUCGUCCGUUAGCAAUGCGUACUCGUUUGCAAGCUGCACAGAUGAUAGAUCCUUGUCAAGCAGGCGUCGACUUUGAGUGGUUUCAUGAACUGAUUAAAACGGUUGCUCAAUAUUAUAUUGCCAUUAAUGACGAGGACCGAGCCAUUCUUGCGCUUGAGGCCUUCGUUCUGCGCAGUAAGGAGUUUGGGCGGUCUGCGGAGAAUCAACACGAAACCCUAAUAGGCAUGUGGAUGGCGAAAAACAAGUUUACUGAAGCAGCAAAAUCCAUUUUUGCCUUAUGUGAUGGAAUCUUCGUUACGAGAAAAUGUGAUAACGAGCCUGCGAUGACGAUCACUUUGUCUCAUGGUACCUAUUCCGUUGAACCGUUCCCACCCGACAAUGAUGUACAAUUUCACGUGGAACCAACAUUUCCUACUAUCACUUUGUGUCGGCUGAUUGUUUGUUUCAUCGGUUUGGGAAAAAGAGAACUAGCAAAGCCUCUCAAGGCUAUACUGCUCAAUAGGGAUUUGUUAUCCCACGAGGAUGAGCCUCACGUGUUAGAAAUUGCUAGAGCAUAUUACAACUGUGAUGCUUUCAAAACAACGAAGUUGUUUUUGGAAACCUUACAAGAGUGGAAUAACUACUGUGACAAUCCAGAAAUGUGGUUCAUCUAUGGAAACACAGCAGCUGCUCUCAAAGACAUUAACACGGCUAUGGAGUCAUUUGAGAAAGUCCUGCAGUUGAAUCCUGGGCAUGUAGAUGCUCGUAUUAAUCUCUCCGGACUGCAGCAGAAGAUUGGUCAAUCGGAUAGAGCGCUUGAGACUUUGCAGGAUUAUGAUCUGGACACCUGCACCCAUUUGCCGGAUGAGCGAUUACUCAUUCGGCAAGCAGAUGUACUCUUCGACUCCCAGAAGACAGAACAAUUUAUUCGAUGUUGUCGAAUGCUUCUCACACCACAUUUCUACGAGGUUCACAGAAAUCAGGAUAAUAUAGGAAAAAGGCGAAGUACCAAGACAGGCUUCUUUCUGAGUAACACUCUACGGGUUGCUGCAAUCAAUGCGAUAACUAAUACAAAUUGGGAGAAGUUUGUUCGUCGGCUAGGAUCGGCGGCAGCGAGUGAACGACGAAGUGUGGACGAACUCGAUCCAGCCUUGCUGCACGACUACUGUCUGAAAUUGAUCGAAUGUCUCUUGGCAAAACAGCGCUAUCAGGAUAUGUUGAUUGUUUGUUGCUACGCUUUCCUACAGCCUCGAAUUACUCGCUCUGAAAAAUCUUCAACUUUCCAAAAUCUUCUAUACUUUUGUGCAAUAAAAGCUCAGUGUUGGCCCGUUGCUUUUGAAUACGUGCGGUGGUAUCAUACCUUAACGAACACAGCCCAUCAGCUAACACUCCCAAAUUGUAGAGAAGUGUUGUACAAACGAAUAUUCAAUGCCAUGAAUUACGUAUUCGUUCACUCGCAAAAUGUUUCCUAUCAUCGUUAUGUUAUGCGAUCUCUUUCGAAGUCACCUGGAAAUCAUGCGCUGCAAGCCAUUUCUGGAAAUAAUUCGCUAAUUACUGGGUCCUAUCGUCACGCUCUCGGAGAAUAUUUGCGUGUAUGGAAUGACAAUAAGAAAAAUCCGAUGAUAUGUUUACUUCUUGCUUUGACCUUCACACAUAUGGCAUGCAAGAAAGAUAUUAGUAGCAGGCAUAUGAUUGCAGUGAGGGGUGUGGCAUUCAUGAAGUGCUAUGAAAAAAAUCGUGCAUGUCGUCAGGAAUGUAACUACAAUAUUGGGCGAAUGUUCCACCAGCUUUCCCUAACUCCUCUAGCGAUUCACUUCUACAAUAAGGUCCUUGCCGACCCUCCUCCUCUUGUUUUCUACACAGACGAUGAGGGGAAUGAAGCUGAAAGGCCAAGUGAAAUGUAUGAUGUGCGAAAAUUCGCUGCGCACAAUCUCGCUCUCAUUUACCGUGCAAGUGGUAACGACUACCUAGCUCGAAAGAUUUAUGAGAAAUUCCUUGUUGUAUAA